AUGGCCGCUCCCGAAACCCCUGAAUCCAACGUCGAUGUGCUCAUCAUCGGCGCAGGUCCUGCUGGACUCAUGGCGGCGUGCUGGAUGGCGCACUGCGGGGUCAAAGCACGAAUUAUCGACAAGCGAAACGCCAAAAUAUUUUGCGGCCAGGCGGAUGGCUUGCAAUGUCGAAGUCUAGAAAUCUUCGAUAGCCUCGGCUUUGGCGACAGAGCGUGGAAGGAAGCGAACCAUAUGAUUGAGAUUUGCAUGUGGAACCCCGGCCCGGACGGCGUGAUUCGGCGCUCCGACCGAAUCCCCGACACCAUCGUCGGCCUCUCCCGCUUCCAGCAAAUCGUCCUUCACCAGGGCCGCAUCGAGCGUUUCUUCCUCGACAACAUCAGGAAGUUCUCCAAAGACACCAUUAAGGUCGAGCGUGGCAUCUUGCCCGAGUCUCUCGAGAUCGAUGUUUCGAAGGUUGAGGACAACUCGGCGUACCCAGUGACAGUCAAGCUGCGCCACCUCUCCGAGGAAGAAGCCACGCCCAGGCAGGAAGUUAGUGGUAGCAAAGUCGGCAAAGCCGGCGAUGGCAUUUUCCGCAGCAAUCUCAUCUACGAAGACGAUGAGGACGACUUGAUCCGGAAGAGUCGGGCCCGAGAGGGAACGGCGGAGACAGUCCACGCCAAGUAUGUGAUUGGUUGCGAUGGCGCCCGCAGCUGGACCCGACGGGCGUUGGGAUUUGAACUGCAAGGCGAAGCUACUGAUUUCAUUUGGGGAGUGAUGGACAUAAUUCCCAUCACUGAUUUCCCGGAUAUCCGAAUGCGUUGCGCAAUUCACUCCGCCGAGAGCGGCAGUCUCAUGGUCAUCCCCAGGGAGAACAAGCUCGUUCGUCUCUACAUCCAGUUGGUGGAGGUGACACCGGAUGCCUCCGGUCGCGCGGACAGGUCCAAGAUCACGCCCGACUUCAUUUUCGGCGCCGCGCAGAAAAUCUUGAGCCCUUACAAGAUCGACUAUGAGUACUGCGACUGGUGGACCGCCUACCAGAUUGGCCAGAGGGUAGGCACGAGCUUCGACUCCCACAGCCGAGUCUUCCUUGCCGGCGACGCCGUCCACACACACUCCCCCAAGGCAGGCCAGGGGAUGAACGUGUCUAUGCAGGAUUGCUACAAUCUCGGCUGGAAGGUCGCUCUCGUUGCCAAGGGCAUCGCUAAGCGGAGCAUCCUCACCACGUACCAGAGCGAGCGCCGCCGCGUGGCUCAGGACCUCAUCAACUUUGAUCACCGCUUCAGCAGGCUCUUCUCCGGCAGGCCAGCCCAGGACGUCAUGGACACCGAGGGCGUCAGUAUGGAGGUGUUCAAAGAUGCCUUCCUCAAGGGUAACCUGUUCGCUUCGGGCCUGAGCGUGAACUAUGGGCCUAGCACCCUUGUAGCCAAGUCUGGCGACGCUGCUGAGCAGGGCGACGGAAGCACGCCUGCCACCUCUGAUCUGGUGAAGGAUCUGACUCCGGAGGUGUUUGAAAAGAAGCAGGCUCUCGCCACCGGCCUACCUGUCGGUAUGCGUUUCAACAGCUUCAAGGUCCUCAACCAGGCAUGCGCACGCCCCUGGCAUUUCCAAGAAAGACUCAAGGCCGAUGGACGAUUCCGCGUCGUCCUCUUUGCCGGAGACAUUUUGGACCCGGAGCAGAAGGCCCGUGUCCAAAAGUUCUGCGAUGCCCUGGACGCACCUGAAAGCUUCCUCCAUGCCGCUACCCCGGCCGACGCGCCGAUCGAUAGCGUUAUCGAGGUGCUGACCAUCCACUCGUCUCCCCGCACGGAGACGGAAUUGCUCAGGGAUUUCCCUGACAUCCUCCACCCCUUCGACAAGCAUGCCGGCUGGGACUACAACAAGGUGUUUGUCGAUGGUGAGAGUUACCACGAGGGCUAUGGCGAGGCGUACAAGAAUUACGGCGUCGACAGGAAGAGAGGAUGCGUGGUAGCCGUCAGGCCCGAUCAAUAUGUUGGCUGGGUUGGUGAGUUGGAGGACUUUGACCAGCUGCAGAAGUAUUUCGAUGGUUGUCUCAUUCUUCGAGAUACUGCGAACAAUGAGUUGAACGGCCAGAACCUCACCAUCCGAUAA